GUGUUUAUAAUCCCCUUUUUGCUGAUAAUGCUUACCUCAAAACGUCUUCUCUCUCUCUACCACUAAAAGUACCCCAUAAAAGAAGAGAUCAAUAUGACUGGUUCUGGUUCCCCUUGUGGUGCCUGCAAGUUCCUGAGAAGAAAAUGCGUUAAAGGCUGUGUUUUUGCGCCUUAUUUCUGCCGUGAACAAGGUGCUGCCCAUUUUGCUUCCAUCCACAAGGUUUUUGGUGCAAGCAAUGUCUCUAAGCUCCUUGCUCACCUCCCCGUCAGUGAACGUUCUGAAGCUGCCGUCACUAUCUCCUAUGAAGCUCAAGCUAGGCUUCAAGACCCCAUUUAUGGCUGCGUUUCUCAUAUCUUUGCCCUCCAACAACAGGUUGUCAAUCUACAAGCACAGCUUGCUUCUCUCAAGGAACAAGCAGCUCAGAGCAGUACUUUUAAUGGCUCUGUUACUGCAAACCCUAAUGAAAACAACUAUGGAAAUCUUCCUUCUCAGCAGCUACAUGAUGAUGUUCAAAGCUGGUUUCAUCCACAUGAUUCAACCAUGGCACAAUCGAACUUUAACCCGAGUCACCCGAAUCAUUCCACCGCAUAUUCGUACUGUGAGAAUAGGUUUUUGGAUCCGACUUCUUUAGGGAACUAUGAAAGUUCAUCGGAUCGAUCCUCGUUUACUGCUUUUGACGGGGAGGCUCCUUGUUCCAUGUCUUCAUUUGGACAAUGGAGUUUCGAGGAUGCCGAUAACCUUCAACCCAUUGCCUUUGGCUAUGCUCACCAUUCAUGA